CUUUGCCUCUCGGGUCUCUGGGGCCGGACGCGCCUUCUCUCUGUCCUGGUUGUGCAGCACCCCUGAGCCCCAAGCGAGCCAGACGCAGACAGCCAUGGCCUCCAGUCCGGACCCGCCGUCCCCACUACUCGUAAGGCUGCCGGAGUCCAUCCCCAGAGCGCGCAUGAAGCUAGAGAUAUAUUUCCAGAGCCGGGCCUCCGGAGGCGGGGAGUGCUCUGUUCAUCCCGUGGGGCCCGGCGCCCCGGACACCUUCGAGGUGAAGUUCCUAGAAAAAGCAGAUAAGGAGAAUGUGUUGAAAAAGGGAGAACACCAGAUGUUGGUUGAUGACAAACCUGUGCCUAUUGUCCUGGAAACUAUUAAAAAGCCAGAAGAGGACCUGAGACCCAGACCUCCAUCACUGACACAGCCAGCUGAGACACCAAGCUCCCGACCUCCGUCCUUGACAGAGUCCCUGGAUGAAGCACUGGGUGAUAAGAUACAUCCCAGUGAUGGGCCCGUUUUUAACUCUGUUGACUCAGUUGUCCAAAAGGUCUUUCUCGCUGUGACCGCUGAGCUGAACUGUGAACUGCUCUCCAAAGAGCAGAGAGCACAGAUUACUGCUGUCUGCCCUCAUAUCAAAAGCAUGGAGGGCAGUGACGGAAUUAAGAAGGUGUGUGGCAACUUCAAAGAUAUUGAAAAGAUACAUCACUUCCUGAGUUCGCAGCUUUUGGAAAGCGAGCCGACGCGGAAGUACGUCCCACAGAAAUACACACCUUCCGAUGUGGAGAGGGAGCCCCCCAGUCAGAGAAGUUUUGAAGUUUCUGUGCUUUUCCUUGAAUAUUUCAAACAUAUUUAUCCGGGUAGAAUAGAAUCCAUAGAGAAAAAAUUUGGUGUAAACAUCAAAAUCCAAGAUAGUUCUCCCUAUAUGGUCUCUAUAGGCUUCACCUCCAGACAAUCAGGCAACUUAGAAGAAGCUUGUCAGUCUUUUGCCAGAGACUUUCAGAAAUGCACGCAGUCUCUGAAGCAAGAUUGUAUCUCUUUAGAGGACCAACAGAGAGCAAAGAAAGUCAGGCAGGAGCUGAGUCGCUGCUUCCCAAAGCUCUUGAUAAAGGAACAGGGAAGGAUUCUAACUCUCCUGGGCUCUUCUGCUGACAUUGCAGCUGCCGCAGAAAAAGUCUCCCAAACUCUUGUCCCAGCACCUGUGAAAAUAAUAGCCACACCUGUGAAAAUAACCGCGUCUGGGUACAUGACAGGGAUCGAGGUCGAUUCGACCCGCUUUAAGCUUCUAGAACCUGAGCUGCUCCAGGAAAUCGCAGAGAUCGAGCAGAAGUUUAACACUUGUGGCAACGUCCAGGAAAAAGGCCAGAAGACCUGCAUUCUCUUUGUCCCCAAGGAUAAAGAGUUAGACCUGUCUGUGCAGUCUUACACAAGUUUUACUGAGGCCUUCCAGCAUGCCACGUGCCAGCUGAGGACAGAAGUUCUGUCGCUGAAACAGGUGGGCAAGGAGAAAGCUCAAUUGCACAAGACCAAGUUUGCUGAGGACUUUAAAAAAAAACACCCAAACGUGCACUUCGUGACAUCUCAAGAGUCCGUGACCUUGACUGGUUUGCCCAAUCACCUUGGGCAGGCAAUGCAGUAUGUUGCCAAAAGGAUGGGAAUGCCCCCGUUGUCGUCGUCUGGAGAGAAAUUGGCUAUGGAUCAUGAAACGCCCAUGGAGGUCCACAGGAAUGACUCAGAUGUGGCGUUACUUUCUCUUGGAAGCUCUGCUAGCAGCCCUACGGCCUCGAAGGGGAACAAGGACGAGGACAACUGCGUCAUCUGCAUGGACACCAUCAGGAACAAGCAGGUGCUCCCUAAGUGCAAGCAUGAAUUCUGCUCCUCUUGUAUCAGCAAAGCCAUGUCAUUCAAGCCUGUCUGUCCUGUGUGUCUGACUCCCUACGGUGUCCAGAAAGGGAACCAGCCAGAGGGAACCAUGGCUCACAUCAUUCAAAAAGACUCACUUCCGGGUUAUGAAGGCUGCGGGACUAUUGUGAUUCAGUACAGUUUUGGAGAUGGCAUACAAACAAAGGAGCACCCAAACCCAGGAAAAGCUUACUCUGGAACUUGUCGAGUUGCAUAUUUGCCUGAUAAUGCGGAGGGGAGAAAGGUUUUGGAUCUGCUCCGAAAAGCCUUUGAUCAGAAGCUGAUUUUCACAGUAGGAGAAUCUCGGGUAUUAGGAGUCUCGAAUGUCAUUACAUGGAAUGAUAUUCAUCACAAAACAGCCAAGUUUGGAGGACCAUCAAAUUUCGGCUACCCUGAUCCUGAUUACCUGAAACGUGUCAAGGAGGAGCUGAAAUCAAAAGGGAUAGAGUAAGGAAACUGCAGGGAAGAUGUCUAGCCACUCUCUAAAGAAGUGUGUUUAGGAGGCUAUAUUAGUACAACCAAAAUCUUUUUCUAGAAAAACUUAAUAACAUUUCUCAUGUGGCGUAGUCUGCUUGCCAGUCAUUGCCAGAGCGUCACUCUCUCAUGGAACGCAAACUCUAAAGGGCACAAGCUGGGGAAAUGGCUCUGCCUACCAAGUGUGAAGAAAUGAGCUCGGAUCUGCAUCCUCCAUGGAAUAGCCUGGUGUGAUGGUUUGCACUUGUAAUCUUAGCACUGGUGAGUGGAGGCAGGAGGAUUCCUGGAGCUUACUGGCCAACUAGUCUAGUCAAAACCAUGAGCUCCAGGCUCACAGAGAGACCUUGUCUCAAGAAAUAAGGUAGAUCGGAGCAUGGCAGUGCAUGCCUUUAAUGCCAAAACUUGGAAGGCAGAUGCAGGCAAUCUCCGUGAGUCCAGACCCAGCCUUCUCUACAGAGCCCAAGUCCCAGGACAGCCAGCUAUACCUAGCGAGAUCCUGUCUCAAAACAAAUAUUAGGUGGACAGAAUUAAAGAUAUCUGACAACCUCCUCUGUCCUGCGUACACAUCUCCCCCCGACACACACACACUCACACAUGGGGGGGUAGAAAAGAAAACUUUAUCGUUUUAUAGGAUUUCAGUUUUUGCUGAAGAAAUCUGAUGUCAUUUUUGUGUUAUGGUUGGGGUGUUAGGUGAGUUAAUGGAACCCUCCCUGGUUUGUGUUUGUUUGGGGUUUUUUGUCAUUGCUUUUUUUGUUUGUUUGUUUUGGUAGGUUUGGUUUGGUUCGGUUUGGUUUGAUUUGAUUUGAUUUGAUUUUGCUGUUGGGACUUAAACCCCAGGCCGAUGAGUUCCGCCCCAUUAUCCUUGUUUCCUGUCCAUUUCUGUAGCAAUACAUUAGUCGUUUCUUAAUCUCUGAACCUUUGUGCAUAUGGGCAAGCGAAACCCUUGUUCAGACGGGAAGUUUAAAAAGAGGUUUGGCUGAGAAAGACCCAUUAUUUCCUUCCCUACCCAUAGCAAGCAAAGUUUCUAGGAGAUCAGGCAACUUUUGGUAAUAAAUAGAACGAGAAGACUCACAGUUUUCAGAGCCUAGGAGAUGGUGUGUGAUGACUGCCUGACUCAAGCUGCUAGUAGCUCAACAGAGGGAUAAAUAUAUAAAAAGGUAUGUCCCCCAAAUCUUCGGGAAAGGGAUGACUUGAGACCUUAGCAUUCAUUUGGAAAAUAGUUUCUUACCCCAACAUGUACUUAUUAGACUCUGACUAAGCCUUGAACUGGGGCCCUAUUUUCCCCUGAUCCAUGGAACCUGUCUUAGAGGGUACACUUGCCCUGCUAUAGAAGUGUAACAUGUUUGUUACAUUUUCCCCCACUUUUUGAGUAUAUACUGUUUCAAGUUCUAACAGGUGAAUAGCCUUGCCUUAGUUUAAUAUUUUAUAAUAAUUGGUAUCUGCAACGUAGUAGCUUUUUGUUUUUCAAUCCUUGAGUGAAUCCCAGCAGUCUAUGCUAGCCCUCAUAUAUAGUCUUUCUAAUCCUUUCCCUGGACAGGAAUAAAGGAGAAAGGUAAAUCUACUGUACAAUCUAUAUGGUAUGUCACAGUUCACUAAGGGCUUCUCCAAGUCAGAAGAAAAUCACAGCAGACAGUGAUCUGCGUUCCAGCGACUCUCCAAAAUGGUAGAUGACACCUUGACCUUCUCCUUAUGACACACAUAUACAUACAUAAAAACCAUUUUGGCUAGAUAUUGAUAGCAAGGAUUUAUCAAUUACUUACUCAGUAAGUUUUAUAUGUUGAUAUGACCAGUACAAUUAAUAGCCCCAUUCUUUGAACAGGAAAGUCAUGCGCAAUAGUAUGAGCAUAGCUGUCAAUCACCAAAGGUGACAUCAUCACUAAAUAGAAGUGCUGACUUUUACUUUCAUCUCCAUUUUGCUUUUUUUGGAGGGGGGAUUGUUUGUUUAUUUUUUGUUUUUUGUUUUGUUUGGGUUUUUUUGUUGUUUUUUUUUUGUUUUGUUUUGUUUUUUGUUUUUUGAGACAAGGUCUCAUGUAACCUACACUGGUCUCUCCCUAUGUCUCCAAUGCUAUUCUUGAACUCUGACCCUUCUGCCUCACCUCCUGCCCAAGUUCUUGCAUGUAUACUAGGAGGAUCUCUCAGGCUCUGCUUCUGCAGACAACCAAGUGCAAGGCAUGCACCACCAUGCCUGACUUGUGCAUCCAGUGUAGACCUUUUACUUUUGUCGAUUCACCAAGUGUUUAUCAUGAUCAUUUUCUGUCUUCUAAUCUUGUAAUUAAAUUUACUGUAAAGAAGCAAAAAGUAAAUGGUUUCUGUUAAGUUCUAGAUCUUGUAUUUCAUCCAGUGCGCACAUGCAAAUUCUAUGUGGUGUUGAGUGCUUCAUGGCAUUUGGAUUUCUUCUUUUGCAAGGCAGUAUUAUCUGUAUUAAAUAAAGUUAGGUCCUUGCGAACUACA